GUGAGCCACUGUCCUGCAAGUGAAGGAAAACAAGCAAAGGGAGGAGACGUCCCGGAGUUCCCUCUGCCCCCCAGUCACCAGUCAAUGCCACCGGCGGUGCCCCCGGAGCCCCAGUCUCCAGGAUGUCCCAGCUCUCCUCCCUGCUGAAGCGCUAUGGAGACACCUCCCGCUACCCCACCGCCUCCUACAGUAAAUCCCCCACCAGCUACGGCUCCUACUCCUCCUAUGGCUCUAGCUUCGCCUCCUCUUACCCAGACAAGGACAGGGUCAGCUUCAAGCCGAGCCCCCCCAACAGCUACCUGGCCUCCAGCCGGCUGCGGACCUCGGGCGCCUCACCCAGCAGUAGCUACGAUGUGGGCCGGCUGGCGCUGCGCCCAGAGUCCAGCAUCCGGCUGAGCCCGGGCUAUGGCCACACGCUAGCCAGGCCUCUGGGCAUUGGGGGCCUGAGCGGGGGAGCGUGCUACCCCUACACCGGUACGUCUAUCAGCCCCACCAGCUACAUGGCGACACCGUCCACGCUCAGCCGCAAGAAGUCCAGCAGCCACUUGGACCUGGCACAGGAGUUCGCCAGGCUGCACGCCUCCGAACCCUACCGCCUGGACUCACCCCCCCGCACCCCACUCCUUGCCCGCAACCGCCAGGAGCUCUGCGCCCUGCAGAGCCUGUAUCAGGCUGCCAGCCGCUCCGAGUACGUCAAGGAGUACCUGGAGUCCUGCAGCAGGAAGGGCAGCCGCACCCCCGGCUGCCCCCGCAGUCCCACCCAAGAAGUCAUCACCCCUAUGUUCCGGCCCAGCAGCCGCUGCCCCAGCCAGCCAUGGGAGAGGAGUGAGAGCGGGACGGACUCCCCAGCGAGGGACCCCUCGAACUCCAAGACAGUGCAGGGUCUGACCGGCCUCCGUAACCUUGGAAACACGUGUUUCAUGAACUCGAUCCUGCAGUGUCUGAGCAACACAAAGGAGCUCCGGGACUACUGCUUGCAGAACCAGUACGUGAGGGACCUCAACAGCAACAGCCGUAUGCACACUGCACUGAUGGCAGAGUUUGCAAAGCUGAUCCAGCUGCUCUGGACCUCGUCCCCCAACGAAGCGGUGAGCCCCUCGGAAUUCAAGACCCAGAUCCAGAGAUACGCGCCCCGCUUUGUCGGCUACAACCAGCAGGACGCUCAGGAAUUCCUGCGCUUCCUGCUUGAUGGACUCCACAGCGAGGUGAACCGGGUGCUAGUGCGGCCCAGAUCCAACCUGGACAACCUGGACCACCUGCCCGAUGAUGAAAAAGGGAGGCAGAUGUGGCGGAAAUACCAGGAGAGGGAGGAUAGCCGGAUCGGGGAUCUCUUCGUCGGGCAGCUGAAGAGCUCCCUGACCUGCAGCGAGUGCGGCUACUGCUCCACGGCCUUCGACCCCUUCUGGGAUCUGUCCCUGCCCAUCGCCAAGAAGAGCUACAGCGAGGUGACCCUGUUGGACUGCAUGCGGCUCUUCACCAAGGAGGACGUGCUGGAUGGAGACGAGAAGCCGACGUGCUGCCGCUGCAAAACCAGGACGAGGUGCACAAAGAAGUUCAGCAUCCAGAGGUUCCCAAAGAUCCUGGUGCUUCAUCUGAAGCGUUUCUCCGAGGCCAGAAUACGAACCAGCAAGCUCACCACCUUCAUCAGCUUCCAGCUGAAGGACCUGGACCUGCGGGAGUUUGCCACACAGAGCUGCAACCAUGCCAUUUACAACCUAUACGCUGUCUCAAAUCACUCCGGGACCACCAUUGGGGGGCACUACACAGCCUACUGCAAGAGCCCCAUGUCUGGCGAGUGGCACACUUUCAACGACUCCCGCGUCACCCCGAUGUCCUCGAGCCACGUGCGCAGCAGCGACGCCUACCUGCUCUUCUACGAGCUGGCCAGCCCGUCUUCCCGUAUGUAGCUCCUGCCCCCCCCGGGAGCCUGGCAUGGCCACACCAAGAUGGGGAGACCCAGGACAGCCACGACUAUGGCAGGGAUUUCUAUUAAUCAGUUCGUUUUUUAAAAAAACACAAGACACAAGAGAAACCACCCCUACAACGGGGCCGACACCCUGGCCGGGGGAUAGAUUUCUCCUGCCCGGGGGCCCAUUGCGGCUGAGGCUGAAGACAAGCGGAGCCCAAGGCCAAUCGGUGGCACAGACAGCGGCGAGGAUACCAGCACAUAGGGAGCUGGACAGCUCAGAUGAUUCCUGUUAGGGGCAGGGGUUGGAUUUUUAGCUUGUUUUGCUCUUUUCUUUGGUGUGUAAUAAAUGCCAUGGGGCACAGGA